GCCAACAACCGCGAUGGCUGGAAGGACAACGCUUCUUGCUGGGAUGCUGGUGGUGGUGUUGCUGGUGGUGUUGUUGCUGGUGGUGUUGGUGGCGCCGCCUGCACUGGCGUCAUCGUCGUCGUCGCCGUCGCCGUCGUCGUGGCAGUGCUGUGAUGACGGAGCAAAGGCAACACUGGAGCAGGAAAGACACGAGGCUUUGGAUGGGAUGAGGGGUGAUGCGGCAGCAGCAGUGCCAUGGUGCAACUUUGCGCAGAAGUACACGACCUCUGAGCUGGUGAACGAUGCCGGGAGACGGGAACAGUUCAUCAAGGACGUCAUGCAUGCUGAGGGGAAGUUCCACCAGAGCGGCAUUGCGUAUCAUCCAGUGACGGCGAUGACCUUUGAUGGGCACCUUAUAGACUACGCGAGCGGGAAGCUGUAUCCUGGAGGCCUGCACAACUUCAGCAGCGGCGCCAAGGAUGCGCAGCAUCUGUCGAUCCUUGCGCUUGGGUUGGAUGGGCAGCCACGUGCGCUUGCAUACCUCAACAGCACGCUGAAACAACCAGUGUCCAUCCAAGACAUUCAAUUACACGCCAUGCACCUUAUUGACCUCAAGCUGACAGCCCUCGAAAAGUGGAACGCCAGUUUCCCGGGAUACGGCGGCUACCUGCCCUGGUUCUCGCACACGACCAACGGGGAUCUCGUGCCAGCACCUGGCUGGUCCAACCCAUAUCGCGUGCCAGCGCUGGACAAUGGGGAGUUCUACUGGGGCCUGUAUGCCGUGGAGGUUGCUCUGUCCACAUCAUCACUCCCGGGCGCGGCUCCACUGGCAGCAAGAUGCCGCCGAUAUUUGCGCUUGCUCCAAGACAACGCCGCCACCAUCUUCCUUACACACGAUGGCAAGACGCGGUGGGUGAGUGAGAUUGUGGACGUAACAACUGUGCCAACACGCAGCAACUACCGUGGUUCCGGCGACUAUGGAGAUCCAUUUGAGGGUGAACUGUUUACGUGGGUGCUGUAUUGGCACGCGCCGUGGUCAAAGCUGAACCUCUCACGUGAUGAUCUCUUUCUUCACAAGCACUCUUCCUUGCAAGCCGUCAACUUCACCACCAGCACAGGCCAGCCCAUUACCGUACAGCGUGGGUUCUGGUUCUCUUCCCACGAGCAGUGGAAGCUGCUUAUGCUACCUUAUCUGCAUCUCCAACGCGUUGCGCGUGUGUUUGCAAACUGUGAGCGCGCCCGCACCGUCAACAGCGCCGAGAAACGAAUCCCAGGCCUCUACGCAUGCAUCAACGACGUCACAAAUGGAAGCGAGGCCAUUCCCGAUUACAUUUCGUACACGGGCAUCCCCUCGAUCGCCAUGGAGAACAGCACGAUGUGGCGAUAUGACGUGGUGACACCGUAUGCUGCGUUUCCCACAACACUCAUCAACGAGACUGUCGGAGCAGCGUGGUACCACACCAUGCUCCUCCCAAACAGAAUGCAGGGCCCAUACGGAAGCACAGAAGCCAUCAACAUCAACGGCACCGAAAUCAGUCCGCUCCUCACGUGGGACGCCAAGUCCCUCACGCCGUUGGCGUUCAUGGGUGGGGUUGCGGAUGUGGUUGCAAAGGGGCUGAGACGAGACAACCUGUACAGCAGCUUCUUGAACGUUACCUCCAGCUACUACGCCUCUGCCUUUGCCACCCCCUUGUCUGGGGAGCACGUGCCAUUUGCACUGCCGACUGCCACAGCACCAACAACGCCGCUCUCGCCUUUCACCGCCUGCCGCUGACUUGUCGAAAAUUGUACAAAAUACACAUAAUCGCC